AUGGGACAAGGGCAUGGGAAAAAUCGGCUCCUUAUUUAUGGAACAAAUGAAUUUUUAGUAGAAAGGAAGCAGAAAUUUUCCCUGAUUAACAUUAAAAAUCCUGCAGAGAUUAAAGACAUAUACAGCGGUCCAAAUAAUAUAAUAAUUAUAUAUCAAAAUGAUGAUUUUGAAAUUGUGGGUCUAAAUAAUUAUGGGCAGUUGGGACUAGGAGAUAAAACGAAUAGAAAUAAAUUAACAAUAAAUCCAAUUUUGUCUAAGCAGAAAGUAAAUAAAAUAUCUUGUGGGUAUGAACAUAUAAUUGCCUUAAUGUGUAACCACAAUAUUUUUGUAUGGGGAAAUAACAAGUAUGGUCAAUUAGGAAUAGGAAAUAGCACGGAUGAAAUUUCAAUGCCAUUACUCAUCUAUUUUAAUGAGACAGUUGUCGAUGUUGCAUGUGGAAAAUAUCAUUCUCUUUUUUUAACUGAAUGUGAAGGUAAAAAGGUGGAAAGCCAUUUUAAUGAACAUGAAGUUAAGGUGAAGGAACAUCCAUUGAGUAAUAAUAUUAUAAAAGAAAAAAAGGAAAUGAGCAAAAGCUGCCUCAAAGAACUUGAUAUAAAUGUUAAUGAUGGUGUAGAUGAUGGAAAUCUGAAGGGGAAGAUCACACCCAGUUUUGUUACGGCAGUGAUGGAGGAGGGGGAACCUGACUCGGAUGCAGAUAAUUCGGAUGCAGACAACUCAGACGAUAAAGAAACUGAGAACGGAGAGAAUCACGAUAAAUUUUUCCCUGCGAAAGACGAUCCAAGCUUCCACAUUUAUGCCUGUGGCUCCGGAUCCAACGGAAAAUUAGGGUUCAAAAAGGAAGAAAAUGUCUAUUUCCCCAAAAAAAUAGAAUUAAAAAAAAAGAUGAACAUAAGUAGCAUCCAUUCCAGCUACGAUCACAAUGCCCUUAUAACAAAGGAAGGAAAAUUAUAUACCUGGGGAUACAAUGAAAAUGGAGAACUGGGAAAAAAAUGUAACAAAUCAACUUAUAAAAUUAAAAAAGUUAAUUUUCCAAAAAAUGAUAUAAUUGUAAAAGUAUCACUUGGUAAAUUAUUCUCAGCCUGUUUAACAAAAGAUCAUAUUUUUUACAUAUGGGGAAAUAAUAUUUCAGGGAUAAAAAAAAUGAGCAACACAGAAAAUUUACGUAUUAAACAAUUUUCAUGCAAUGAAGAUAACAUUAUCAUAUUGACAGAAAAUGAAAAAUUAUUUUUAUUUGACUCCUCUAGGAAGAUACACUACAUGAAUAAAUUUCUACAUACAAAAUUGUAUUAUGAUAAAAAUACCAAAAAUAAAGGCAUCAAGUAUAACUUUGUAGGAAGUGGAAGUAAUUAUUUAUAUGCUUACAUUACUAUGGACACGACAAAUAAUAUUAAUAUUAAGGAGGAGGAUUUUAAAAUAGAAAAAACUUACCAGAACGACCAUUUGGUAAAGUUUGGGGCAAUUACAACAGUAGCUUCGGGAAAAAAGAACAAACCUUUUGGUCAUAUGCAAAAAGGAACAGCUCAUGAUGAUCCAUGUGCACACACAGAAGAAGCGGAAGAAGGAGAAGAAGAAAAAGUAACAAAAAUGAAAAGAGCAAAUUCCUAUAAAGUACCUACAAUAACUGAAUUUGAGAAUGAGAAGAAAUAUAAAGAUGAGCAUAGGAAUCAACAAGAGAUGGAAGAUACAGUUCAGAAUCAAAUAUGUGAAGAGACUGUUGGAGAUGAGGAGUUGGAUGUAAUAGAAUCGGAAAAAACAUGGAGCACAAAAGGCUCUAAUGAGAAGUUCGAGCACAAAAAUACAAUAUCCCACGAAAGGGAAGAAAACAAUGAAUCAAAAAAAGAACAAAUUACAAUGGAAAGACAUAGUGAUGAGUUCCCCUUUUUUGAAGUAGAUAAGGACAAGAACCUUUUAAGAACAUUUGGAAAUUUUAGAACGAAUAAAAACAAAGGGAGAAAAAGAAAUUCAUAUUUGAAUCAUGCAAGAAAAGUCACCCGAGUAAGAAAUUUUACAGUGAACAAUUUUUUGGGUGAAGGAAAUGGGGAAAAGGGAAAAAAAAAGAAAGACAAGAAUGAAGACGGUAUUAAACAUGGAACCACGUACAGUGAUAAGAAUGGUAGCAAUAAAAGUAGUAAGUCUAGAAGUGGGUCUAGAAGUGGGUCUAGAAGUGGGUCUAGAAGUGGGUCUAGAAGUAGGCCUAGACCUAAGCAACGUGGUAAGGGCAAGGGUAAGCUGAAACCAUGCGAUGAUCUAAAUAGUAAUAUAUCAAAUGGAAUCGAGGGAAAAUGGGAUAAAAAAAAAGACACCAAAGGGAGAAAUAACAUAGAAUAUCUCCUAGAGAAAUUAAAUUAUGUGAACAAGGAUUUGAUAAGCACUGAAUAUAUAACUAAGGAUGGCAAUUAUUUGUUAGAGCACACCGCUCAUAUUAUGAAGAGCAACAUGAAUUGUAUAGAUUAUUUAUCAGUUCAUAAUGAAGGGAUAAUUUGCAGGGAUUAUUUGGGUCCUAAAAAUAAGGGUAAACAAAAUAGGAGUAAAAAUAGAAACAUAUACAAAGACGAACAAGAGGGUGAUAUGCACAUUUGCACAACUUGGGAAGAUAAAUAUGCCGAGUUAAAUAUUAUACUACUGAAAGAACUGACAAAACAGAAAAAAAUAAAUAUCGUUUAUUGCCAUUUGUUGAAUAGACUCCAAAAAGAAAUAAAUAAAUUGAGGAAAGAAAAAAAAAAUUUUAAGAAGAAAAUUUCUAAUUUACAAAAAUUUACAAAUUUAAAACAAGUUAUCCCAUUAAAUAAAGAGAACAAAACGGAAAAUGUUUAUGUUCAUAUGUAUCCAUCACAAGUGUCAAAAAUAUGUUCACGUGAUAUGACAUGUAAGAACCUUGCUACCAAUGUAGAUCACGUACAACUGAUGCCUAGUACCCAUAAUGAAGGUAUGAACAAUGGAUGUAACAAAAAAGUUGGCAAUAAGAGUGGUGCUAUUGAGUGGGGAAAUUAUGACUACUGCAAUGACAAAAACAGAAAAAAUAGCAUUAGUGCCUUUUCAAUAAAUGAUAAUGAGGAUUUAAUAAAUAUCACAAGCGAAAACAUUUCUAUUGUACCAAAUAAUUUGCUCAUUUUGGAUGAAUUGGAACCUGAUUUGUUCCUUAAAAAAAAAAAAGAUCACCAAGAUGAUGAUGAUAAAUUAAGUAAUAUACCAAUUUUCUUUUUGAAUACCUAA